AUGGGACAGCGCGCAAGUGACCAGUCAGAGAAGGUGGCCGAGACUGAGGCUGACACUUCCGCCUACAAGGACAAGGACCUUGCGGAACUUCAGCAGCUGGCCGCCGCUCGUGGCAUCUUGUUUGACAGCGCAGCACCAGGCUCUCAAAGCAGCUUCUUGUUGGCACUCCUGGCCGCUUAUGAUGCAGGUGUCGCGGCAACAACAACUGCUGCAAAGCAUGUGCCAUCCCGACAAGAGCCACAGACAGCAGUCAAGGGCCAGCAGAUGGAGGACAGCGUGGGGGUUUGCCCAUCUGUCCUGGAAGUUCUUCAGAGGAUACGGCAAUCCCCCGGACACAUGGGCGUGGACAUCGGUGGCUCCCUCGUGAAAAUGGCCAUCGCUUUGCCCGUCUCAGUUGCGGGCGGCUACAACUUUCCAUCGCGCUUCGGAGAGUCGGGCUGCACGCACGGCCACCUGGAGCUGACGCUCUGGUCUUCCGGCACGCCGUUCGUGGUGCGAUUUGUCAGCGGAGCAACAAGCCAGAUGGAGCAUGCUGUCCAGCACUUCGGUUUGCGCAGGAACCGAAGCUGGGCCUUUUCUCGUCAAGAUUCUGCGGAGAAGCUGGACAUGCUUACAAGGUCACCGAAGUCGCCCUAUUGCUCAAGUUCUGGGCACUGGAAGGCUUCCGACUGCGCAUCUUCCGGCCUUGACUGGGAUGAUGCAAGCACCAUUGACACUCUUGAGCUCCCUACAGAGGUUCCGACCGAGAGCCGGCAUCCGCGUGUGCGUCGCGUGGCAGCUGCUGGCGGCGGAGCUUGCAAGUUCGCACCGCUCUUCCGCAACUCUCUGCACGUUGAGAUCGAGCCGGUCAAGGAGCUAUCGGCUGUUGUUGAUGGCCUUCUUCUACUCGCAAACUUUCGCGACGCAAGACUCGAACAUGGCACAGCAGAGCAAGGGACUUGUCCCACUGACCUCUUUACGACAGACGAAGUGGGCAGGCCAUCUCCACUGCCGUGGCCAAAACAACUCUUUCCGCUUCUUUUGGUGAACAUGGGCUCAGGAGUGUCGAUCCUGAAGGUGGAUUCCGCCAAACGUAAUGACUACACCCGAGUUGGUGGAACAGCAUGUGGUGGAGCAACAUUCCUCGGUUUAGCAAGAACAUUAACAUCUGCAAAGACCUUUGAGGAGGCGCUGAUGCUUGCCGAGCGUGGCGAUGCAUCGAAAGCCGACAAACUCGUGCGAGACAUCUACGGCGAGGAUGGCUCGGCCUCACUGGGAUUAGCCGGCGGAUUGACAGCAUCAAACUUUGGCAAGCUGAGUGACUUGAGCCCUGCUGGUGCAAGGUGCUCAGAGUACGACUUAGCAAGGUCCCUGCUGCAGAUGGUGACACAGCAGUCGGUGUUGCUGGCAGCAGCGUUUGCGAAGCACGCAGAUUGCCUCGACAGAGUCUUCUUCGUUGGUGGAUUCAUUGACGAGCCGAACCGGCUUGCACGAGCUGCCAUCGCGCAGAAUUUCCGAUCUCUGGGCGGCUGUGCUUACUUCUUGAGGCACUCCGAUUUUCUUGGAGCGCUUGGCAGCCUACACCAUGCUUUCGAGGACCUGGAAGAGCAUGUUGAAGGGCAAUAG